AUGCCUCAGCCAACCGUCUGGCAAUGGUCGUCCACAUCUUCUCAUUCCCUUCUCCUUCCUCCUCCUCCCUCGGCCGCUUCUUCAGCGGACGGCUUGAAUGUGACCGAAAGGCCACAGACAGCUUGUGAGGACUACAAACCUUCUGCAGCUGAGACAAAAUACUUACUUCAGGAAAAUCUGAUUAACACCUCCCCCCACCCAGUUUGCAGUGAACUGGACUUUCAGAUCUCGGAACGCAGCCACGAGGCUCGCGAGGGCUGCCUGGCCACUCAACCCUCCACACCCUUGGAUCUUAUUUCACACACUUGUCUAAGGACAGGCAAAUUGCUCUGGCGGCAGGUUUCCUGGUUCUGCACAUUCAAAUCCAUCCUCGUCAGUCAUCGCCUCUCCUCAUCACUACUUGCAUGGACUUUAAUCCUUCUCAUCCUGGCCAGUUACCUUACUACUUGUCUGGCCUCACCCAUAGAUUCCGCCGGCGGAAUUAAUUUUACCCAGCAGUGGAAUACUUCCCUCACUCAGGUUGUCACUAGGAGUCCUAUAUCACAGGAGCCUAUCCACCAGAGUGUGGAUGAAGACGACGAACAUAAUGCCUACAACAGGGACCUUUUUCAGGAUCAAAUUGAUCUUUCUGACGACCUUUCUUUGUCCUACCUACAGGACGCGUCUUUGUCUGGACAUGUGGAUGAAAGUGAUCUCAGUGAGGAUUCUGAACACCUUGAGCUGCAGACUGGAACCUAUUUUGUUCAAACUGUUGAUGGCUUAUUGACAGGAAUUGAGGAGCUCAUCAGUUCCGGCAGGGCUGUUGUCUUCAAGGACACCACCCACAGUGGUUUUAAGCAGCUGCAGUACCUGACGCAUGACAAGGCCAUCUACGUUGUGGCUUCUGGGUGA